AGCCUCUGAUUAACCCCAAACAAGUUCAGCUGUUCUAGUCAUCUCCUGUACUGUGUUCGCACUCUCUGGUCAUCUCUUGUACUAUGUCCGCAGUCUCUGGUCAUCUCCUGUACUGUGUCCGCAGUCUCUGGUCAUCUCCUGUACUGUGUCCGCAGUCUCUGGUCAUCUCCUGUACUGUGUCCGCAGUCUCUGGCCAUCUCCUGUACUGUGUCCGCAGUCUCUGGUCAUCUCCUGUACUGUGUCCGCAGUCUCUGGUCAUCUCCUGUACUAUGUCCGCAGUCUCUGGUCAUCUCCUGUACUCUGUCCGCAGUCUCUGGUCAUCUCCUGUACUAUAUCUGCAGUCUCUGGUCAUCUCCUGUACUAUGUCUGCAGUCUCUGGUCAUCUCCUGUACUAUGUCUGCAGUCAAUGGUCAUCUCCUGUACUAUGUCCACAGUCUCUGGUCAUCUCC